AUGGUUUGUUCAGGUCUCCAGAGGAUGGCCUGUACGAGUGCAUACCUGGUGAGAAUGGUCAGCAGUGUCUCUAGAGGCCAUCAGCACCAGGCCUUGGGCACAAGUCCUGACACUUCCAAGCACAGUGUCCAGGGAGCUGCAGGUGGUGUGGUGGAGCUGCUGGGCCGAGCCUACCCACAGGAUAACUACACCAACCUCACCAGGAAGGUCCUUUGCAAGGUUGGCAGGAAUCUGUAUAACCAGCAGCAUCACCCACUGUGGUUGGUCAAAGAGAGGGUGAAGGAGCACUUCUAUAAGCAGUAUGUGGGUCGCUUUGGGACCCCACUAUUCUCAGUUUACGAUGACCUUCCUCCAGUGGUCACAACCUGGCAGAACUUUGACAGCUUACUCAUCGCGGCUGACCACCCCAGCAGGAAGAAAGGGGACAACUACUACCUGAACCAGACACACAUGCUACGGGCUCACACAUCUGCACACCAAUGGGACCUGGUCCACUCAGGGCUGGAUGCCUUCUUGGUGGUGGGCGAUGUCUACCGGCGUGACCAGAUUGAUGCCCAGCACUACCCUGUGUUCCACCAGCUGGAGGCUGUCCGGCUCUUCUCCAAGCACGAGUUGUUUACUGGCAUAAAGGAUGGAGAAAGCCUGCAGCUCUUUGAACAAAGUUCUCGCUCUGCCCAUAAACAAGAGACACACACCAUGGAAGCCCUGAAGCUAGUAGAGUUUGACCUCAAACAGACACUCACCAGACUUGUGACACAUCUUUUUGGAGAUGGACUGGAGAUAAGAUGGGUAGACUGCUACUUUCCUUUUACACAUCCUUCCUUUGAGAUGGAGAUCAACUUCCAUGGAGAAUGGCUGGAAGUUCUCGGCUGUGGGGUGAUGGAACAACAACUGGUGAAUUCAGCGGGUGCUCAAGAGAAGAUUGGCUGGGCCUUUGGUCUAGGCUUAGAAAGGCUGGCCAUGAUCCUCUAUGACAUUCCUGACAUCCGCCUGUUCUGGAGUGAGGAUGAGCGGUUCCUGAAGCAGUUCCGUGUGUCUGAUAUCAACCAGAGUGUGAAAUUUCAGCCUCUUAGCAAAUAUCCUGCUCUGAUAAAUGACAUUUCAUUCUGGUUGCCCUCUGAGAAUUACACGGAGAACGAUUUCUAUGACUUAGUCCGAACAGUUGGAGGAGACCUCGUGGAAAAGGUUGAUCUUAUAGACAAGUUUGAACAUCCAAAGACACACAAGACCAGCCACUGCUACCGUAUCACCUAUCGACACAUGGAGCGGACACUGUCACAGCAGGAGGUGCAGCACGUCCACCAGGCUGUGCAGGAGGCUGCAGUGCGGGUGCUGGGUGUCGAGGGCAGGUUCUGA